AUGAAAUUUCAAUCAGAGCUUAGAGAAUUCACAUUUCCUGAGUUACUACUACCUCCAACCCCUGCAACAUUCACUCAAACGACAUCUUCUUCAACAACUUCAACUUCAAAACAUGAUUUUUUAGAACAAGGUAUUUCAGAUUUUAAAGAAACUCCUGAAGAUGAUAUAAUAACUAAUCCAAUUCAAGACUUAUAUAAUUUCUUUGAGGUUGACAGCAACGACUUAUCAUUGACCAAGAAUGAUGAUGCCCAGCCUUUAGGGGAAUCUACACCUACAGUAGAUGAAAAUAUGACUGUCUUAUUUGAAGAAGAUACAAGGGCAAAUAAUCAACCUAAAGAAGAAACAAUCUCCCCUAAUUCAAAUAUUAAUUGGUAUAUGGAAUCCAUUAUAAAUUCACAUAAUGUCGCCAAUCUAGAUCCUAUUGAUAGUGCUGAUAAGCAAAAGAUCAAUAAAGUUGAAGAUGAGGAAGAGGAAUCGCUUUUGAAUCUUUUUGAAAUAACGUGUAAGGAAUUAGAUGAUUGGAAAGAAAAUGCAAAUAUUGACAUACAGAAUGAUGAUAUGGAAGAAGACAAAUCCACUUUCAAACAGGAAAGUCAAACACUAGUUGUUAGUAAUAAUAAUAAUUCAAUAGCUCCUAGGAUUGUGACUGAUCCUUGGAAUGGAUUAAUUCAAACUUUUGGUUUUGGUUCGGAUUUAUUAACAGUUGAUCAAUAUUUCACUAAGAAGAAGCUACUGGAAGAUAAAGGAUCCUACUCAUCAGAUCACUCCUCGACUUCUUCGGAUGCUCAACUGAAUCUAUCAUUAUCAUAUCAAAUCCCAUCAUCACUUUCCCAAUCCAACACACCAAUAGAAACCGCCUCUAACAUCCCUUCCCGACCCCCAUCUACCAACAAGAAACGGAAACUCGACCCAUCCAUAUCCAAACAAGGCAUAUGCUCCAAAUCAACCCCAUCCUCAAAACUCGACUUCUCCGACAUCGACACCCACGUCCAAUCUAUCCCCGACUACGAAUAUUCCCUGCAACUCUCCAACAACUCCACCCGAGUCCCCAAUCCCCAACAAUGCACCUUCCUCCUCUCCAAACUAAUCUCGCCCCUCCCAACCACCACCCUCAUCGUCUGUCAGAUCGAACGCACCCUCUACACCCGUCCCAACCUAAUCCAAUCCCUACUCCAACUGCACCAAUUUCCCCAAUUCCAAAACUUCGAAAUCAGCCCCAAUCCCAAUUUUAAAACCAGUUCAUAUGAGGCGGAAUAUGUAUUGACGAAGAUGUCGCGUGGCAAGCCAGAUAAUACUACUCGGGCAGGAUUGUGUCCCUAUUGUCCGCAUAUUGAGUUUUUUGGGUUGAAGAAUAGUUCAUAUGGGAACCAUUUGGCUUAUAAACAUGGGAUCUUGACCAAUGGGACGGCAGUGCCCAAUCCGAAAUUUUAUGGUCGGUGGAGGUUUAAGAAGGGGGAAUAUGAGGAUGGUGGGGGGAGUGGAAGUGGAUGGGGUGGUGGUGGAGGGAGUUUGAGCAAUAGUGGAGGGAAUGGUGUUGGAAGAAGGAAAAAACAGAGAAAGACUUGUGCUCAUGUUUUGGAAAGAGAAGGAGUGUUGUGUGUUUGUUGUUGGCAGAUUUUGGAAGUGGGAUGUACGAGUAGAAGUACUUUGUUGGGACAUUAUUUGAGACAUUAUCGGGAUUCACAUGUUGGGAAUAGAAGAGACACCAAUGGUGGUGGGGAUAUUGGGAUAAAAGAGGACGAGGGAGGGGAUGAAUGUGAUUGGGAUAGAUUGGAUCCGGUUGUUAAAGGCUUUAUUGAUCGGUGGAAUUAG